CUCAGACAGCUUUGAAAGCUUUCAACUACUUUGUAGUAGUUUUGAAGCCUAAAACAAAGUGCAAAAUAUUUGGGUUUCCUGUUUAUAAGGAAACUUUUCUGAAUAACUAAUAUGCCACUAAUUGCUGCAGAAGUGGGUUAUGCUCAAGAAGUCUGGACUCACCUGACAGGGAAUCCUGCUGCACUGAUGGUGAUGGCUUCAACUAUUCCACAUGCCUGAAGCUGGCUGAGAACCUGAGGCAUAAAUUGGGAGGGUUUAGGUGACACUCUGUGGGAGCUGCUCCUCUCUUGGGGUAUCCACACCCUGACUGACCGAAUGCAGCAGCACGUGAAAAGCCAGUGGGGGGUAUUUUAAUACUAUUUUCUCAUUAUUUUAACAUUACUGUGCACUCAGCAAAUUCUAUGAGUGUUUAAAGCCAAGGCAGCAACACUCCAGCUGCUUGUUUUCCCAUCAGAUGAGGGUCUCUAGUUACAGCUCUGCUCCCAGAGUCCUCAGCUGAUCUCAUCCAACUUGUCCUGCACUCCAGGAGCAAGCAAAGCUUUGUUUUGAAGAUCCCUGUGAGCCCAGGGCUGCUGAGCACUCAGAUCACCCUCAUCUCUUUGAGGGCUGGGAGGGCAGCACCCCAAAUAACCCAGGAGUGCCCUGGGAAGAGAAUUUCUACAGCAACACAUAAGUUGCUCCUGGAAGAGCUGCUGUGCUGUUCUGGACAAGGACCAUCAGUGAGUCUGAAGGGGGGUUUUUCUCUGCAGCCUCAAAGGAGAAGCAGCUGUUUCAAAAUGUGCUGUGAGAGGAGGCCCCACAACCUCUCCAGGAAGCUUCUCCGUGAGGAAAAGCUUUGGAAAAGUUACCUCUUCUCUUUUAAAAGUCCUGGCCUUGCAGUCAGCGUUGGGUUUGAUGCAGCGGAUGUAGUGGGGUGUGGUCCUGUUCAAAAUCUGCAUGAGAUGUUCCAGGGAGCUCUGCACAAAACACACACAGGAGGGAUCAGGGACAGUUCCUCCACAGGGAGCUCAGCUCAUCAGGGGUCUUCUGUCAAACCCAGGGAGCUGGUUUUUUUGCUUUACAGACUCAGAGCAAUUCUACAGGGACAACUUGAGCAAAAAAAAAAAUCCACUCUGUGGAUGCUUUCAUCAAAUUGUUGAUGGUAAAUUCAGGAAGUUUCCAAAAAUUAUAGCAGGGCCAUCCGUUGACACCAACCCCUCAAGAGGAACAGGUAAGAAGAAGCCUCAAAAAGGCAGGUGCCCAACUGUUAAAGGUAAAAUGAGAGGGAGUUAAGACCCAGACAAUAUCAGGAGUCUGAAGCUGUUACUGUUUUACAGCUGUUUCAUUUUUACAUCAUUUACUGAUCUUCAUCCAGCUCCUGUUUUCUCAUCUAGUCACGAAGGCAGCAGUGGAAAGCAGGAAGCUGAAGAGGAUGUACCUUGAACUUGGACACCACUGUAACAACAGGAAUGGGAGAGGCCCUGAUUUGGUGAUGGUCCACUUAAUCCUCAGCUGCAAGGUCUAACAAAGGGAUUGUUUGUGCCAGUGAUGGACUGAAAACCAGAGCAAGAACAUUACCCAGCUUUAUACACGGCCUGAAGGAUUUUUUUGGAGCAAGGUCACAAGGCUGAGAUUCAUCCACUGGAUUAGAGAAUUGGAUGUUCCCAAGGUGGAGAAGGCCUGACAAUACCUGAAACACAAUCACUGAGGUUUUUAAAACAGCUCCCCUCCAAGGCAGUGUCCUCUGAGCCUUCCUUAACCCCAGGAACAGGACAAGUCAAAGCAUUUCUGCACCAGAAGAAGCAAACACAUUCCAAACUUCUGUGUGAGUCCCUCGUGCUGCAAUUCCUGAAGGAAAACUGCAGUUCACAGGUGGAGGCUUUUAGUUAAGAUCUAGUAUUUGGCUGUGCAACCCGAUGUGUUGCUGCAGGAGCACCAACCAGCCCCUGCUCUGCACUGACACAGGUUUCCUUCUGCAGCAAUCCCACAGCAGGAGGACACUCCAAACACCCCCAGCAGCCUCGUGGUGUCCCCUCUUUGUACCUGACCUUGAAAACGUUGCUCUGCGUGGAGCGCUCGAUGCCCAGGUGGCACAUGGCAGCUCUGGUCACCUCGAAGCUGUCCUCUGCAAAGCCAAACAAGGGCUGGUUAAAACAGAGCCAUGCACACAAACACAGGCAAGCAGGACACUGCACAGCUCCAGCUCGGCUGGAAUUGUCACAAGACACCAAGGGAGCCAGAGGCAGUUUGGGUAAAUCCCCCAGUACAGGCUGGAGAACCCAGUCCCUGACUCAGUGCUGCCUCUGUGGCUCUCCAGUGAGGCAGCAGGUGCUGAAGCCCAUCCAGAGACGAGACAGUUUCAAAACACAGCCCCAGAGAUACAAAUUCACCAGCCAGAAACAGCCAGGUUGAGUUUUAAGAUUUAGUAGUGCAAACUGAAACUUCAAAAGAGUCCCACUAAUGCAGGUGGCCCUGGGUCACAGGAUUGAACAGGACAUAUUUUUGCCUGCCUUCCUUUACAGUUCCAGCUGUUAUUAAUGGACAGUGAAACUCAUCUUUACCAUCCAAGUUUCUUUCAGGAUUUGGCAGCCAGCGGUACUCAGCCCCUUCUGGAAGGUUCCACUCCAGCCUCUCCUCUGCAGUAGCACCUUUUGUGAUCUGGAGGCAGAAAACAAGGAAAGAUUUGUGGUCUGACGGCAUCGGAGGAGCCGCCAGUGCUUUUGGAAAGGCUGUGACUCAGAGAAGUUUGUACUGCAGCAGAAACGAGAUAGGCUGCUGUCCCCUUCCUGCUUCCUCUGGAAAACUGUGGAGCCAACCCAAGAGGAAGAAAGAAGAAUGUCCCAAAAACAGCUGAAAGAAGCCUUUAUCAGCAACCUGAACGGAACUAGUUUGCUGGAAAUUUCCGUGGGCUUGUCCCUGCCUCCCCUGUGCCUGCUCUGCAGAGGGCUCCUCCUGAUUCUGUACCACCUGCACUAUGGAAAACCUGUAAGUUCAAGGAAACACAGCCUGCUGCUGGACUUCCUGGUGCUGGUAUCUCCUCUGCUGUUCUCCUGCACGGUCUUGUCUCCAGUCCUCUUUUUCGUGCCAGUUCUCCUCGCCGCCUUCUGCGCCGGAAUAUUUUCCAAAAUAUGCAGCCAGAGAAAACAGGAGACCAGAGUGCCCUUGGGGCAAAUUGUAAAAGAGUUCCAGCAGACAUGCUUGGAUCCCGAAUACAUUCCAGCAGUAACCGUGUUCCGUGUCUAUGUCAACGUGCUGACAGCCAUCAGCAUUUUGGCCGUGGAUUUCCCGCAGUACCCCAGGCGAUACGCCAAAGCCGAGACCUACGGCACGGGAGUGAUGGACCUGGGGGUCGGAGCUUUCAUCUUUGGCAACGCUCUCGUUUGUCCUGAGGUGCGACAGAAGCCUCAUGUGACACAGCCCAAGUUUUCCAACCUGGCCAGGCAGCUCUUUUCCGUUUGGCCCUUGGUUUCCCUCGGCGUGGGGCGACUGCUGAGUGUUAAAUCCGUAGAUUACCACGAACACACGUCGGAGUACGGAGUGCACUGGAAUUUCUUCUUUACCUUGGCUUCUGUGAGACUUGCAGCAUCUCUACUUUUAGCCAUAUUUCCUAAAAAUAAGUCUUGGAUCGUGGCUCUAGCUCUGGCUGCACUUCAUCAGCUCAUUCUCAACACUACCUCUCUGAAGACGUUUCUGCUGCACGGGAGCAGCGGCAGGGACAGCAGGGUUGGAUUUCUGGAUGCCAACAGGGAGGGGCUGCUCUCUCUCAUUGGGUAUCUGGCCACCUACCUGGCGAGUGUCCAGGUGGGGCUGUGGCUGCUGCAGUGCAGGAGCUCAGUGAAGGGCUGGCUCGGGGCACUGCGGGUCCUGGCCCUGACAGUCGUGGUGCUGUUCGUGUCCCUCCACGUGUCCCAGGCGCACGCGGACCCCGUGUCCCGCCGGAUGGCCAACCUCUCCUUCUGCCUGUGGGUCAUCGCCCACUCCCUGAUGUUAUUUGUCUUCUUUGUAGCCACUGAUCUCACCUUGGUGUUCACAAAGCUGCUGGUGAAGGGCUCCAGCGUGCCCUGCAGCUGGAGCGUUGGGAAGCCCCCGAAUUCCAACAAAAAGCUCGGAACAGCGGCCGCGCCGGUGGGAAGGGAAGGCGAGCUGCCACACCCCUGCCUGAUCAGUGCCAUUAACAAAAACCAGCUGCUCUUUUUCUUGCUGGCAAAUGUCAUGACCGGUGCUGUGAAUAUCCUGGUAGAUACAAUCCACAGCAAGGCUGCCUUUGCACUGUGCAUAUUGCACUUGUAUAUGUUUGUUAACUGUUUAAUUAUGUCUAUAUUGCACGCCAAAAAUAUAGCAUUAAAGUUUUGGUGAUUUCCACUCUGA